GCCGAAGCCACGGUCAUUAUCAACGCCCGUACUCAACCGCACUGCAGGUGACAAGCCCCGUGCAUUCAGGUCUCCACUAAUAGGACGAGCUUCUUCGCGCAUAUACCCAAAGGGUAGUACCUCAAAGGCAAGCAGUGACGAGAACGAUGCACGGUUAAUGCAGAAGGCACGACCGCACUCAGUGGCUUCUACCCCGAUCACAGACACAGAUAGUCCUGGCCCUCGCUCUCGGAUUGAAUCGAAUCGUUCCUUACAAUACACGACACCUAUUCGAACACCAGUGCAGCAACGAGUCGGGACCUCAACCCGCCCGCUCAAACCCGCUUUCUCAACGCCUUUCAAGCAAGGCAUGAGACCGGGCGAACCUGGAAGGGAAUCACUGGGCCGCGCUCAGAAGGUUCGAGGAGAGAUUGGGACGUCUCGGAAAUUGCCGCCGGGAAGAAUUAAAGCUACAGGGAAAGUUCCACUACGAGAGUCCGGUCUCAUUCCUCAGCAAUAUACUCCUGAAGAGCUAGAAGACAUGGGAGUGAACAUUGCUGAGCUCAAGCAAAUAACACCGCAGACAGCACCUUUCUAUGUUUUUCAUACGUCAGCAAGUUACAUACCAUCUACACAAUCACAAGCUGCCUCUGGUUCGUCCGGCCUUUCACUUGGGCCUAAGGAGGCACAGGAUCAUCUCCGGAAAGCAGGCCGUAAUGCUACGCAAGAAUGGGUGGAAAAUCAGUGGGCACUUGUCCUCUGGAAGCUUGCGGGACUUGCAACGCUCGACCCGACACGAGAAGCGACUCCAUCUCGUCGCUGGUGCUGGCGAUCGGUACUUGAACAGCUCGAGGCACGCUAUGACAAAGAACUCGAGAAAGGCGCACGCCCAGCGCUCCGACUGAUUACGACUGGUGAUGCGCCUGCAGGGUCUCCGCUAGUACUUGUUAUCACAGCCAUUCUAUCGUCAGAGAGAGAACGGCUAGGGCCGAAUGGACGAGUAGUACAGGAUGCGAGUGCUGAGAUUGAGGUGAGCGAUGGCUGGUAUCGCCUUCGAGCCUCAGUCGAUGCACCACUUGCACGGGCGGUCAUACGAGGCAUAAUUAGGCCGGGCAGGAAAAUUGCUGUAGCAGGGGCGAAGCUUGACAAUCUCAAAAAAGAUCCUUGCGAAAUCCUGGAAGCAUACAAUUCAUGUAUACUUACCCUUUCCGGCAAUGGGUCGCACUUAGCUCCAUGGCACGGGAAGCUAGGCUUUCAGACAGAGCCCUUCGUUGCAACUCUGGGCAGUCUAACACCUGAUGGCGGACCUGUGCCUUUAGUUGACAUCAUUGUUGAAAAGGUGCAUCCAAUCGCGUUUCUCGAAUUUCUGCCAGGUGACAGACCAGGCGAGAAAAUUCGUGAAGGUCCUCGCGGUGAGGCAGAAGAGGCCGCAACUGAGGAUGCAUGGAGGAAACGGCGAGAUGCCGCGGAGUCGAAAGUACGGGACGAACUUAGCGUACGAUGGAGUCGAUGGGAAGGCUUUGCAGACCGAUUGGAACGCUCGGCAGGCUCAAAGUUCAAUCCUUGUCCCGACGAUAUGCCCCCGGAUCACAUUGAAGACCUCCUCGACGAGCUCGAUGCUCUUGACCCAGCGGAGGUCGGUGAUUUUGUCCGUCAACUAGCUGCAGAUGAGUGCGGCUGGCUUGCGCGUUACCUCCGACAGCGUUUAGAGCGAGAUCGCGAACGCGCGCUUGAGGAAAUAGAAGUUGAAGUCAAGCACACUUGUCCACCACGCGAAGUGCGCAACUUCCGAAUAGUACAGGUCCGGGAUGCACGUACAGCUCGACGUCCUGCGAAUCGUAUUGCUCAUCUAUGCAUUUGGGACGUGCUCUCAUUGUGCGUAGCUGAAGGAGGAAAAGCAGGUGCUAUUGAGUCUGGACAACGUUUCCUCAUGACGAGCCUGGUACCCAUGCAACGUAGCUGCUGGAUGGGACGCGCAAAGGACGAUAUGGUAUACCUCUCCACGACGAGAAACACGCGUUUUUACCGGCUCAAGUAGACUGCGCUCACACGAACUUGGAGCAUUGGGGAUGGAGAGUGAAUUCCGUAAAGGGAAUGAAUCGCAAAAUGUAGCAUGUUUUCCCUCCCUGUACAUUCCAAAGCGUACAUGAU